CAAAAUUAACAUUUUCCCAUUACAAUAGUUUCCCAAAAAUUUGAAUCUUUCCCAUUUUUCCCAAAGAGCAAAAGAAUAAAAGAGAGAGAAAGCGAGAGCGAGAGACAUUCAUUAAUCGAGAAUCACUUGUCUGUUUGUUUCGUCGAAUCGCAAGCUCGAAGAAGGAAUCACGAGUCGAAGAAGUUUCGAUUUCAGAUCUGAAUCCGUUAGAGAGAGAGAGAGAGAGAAUAAUGGGCAGUCGAGGCGGCGGCGUAAGUAACGCGAAGGCGGGUGGUGUUCCAGCGUCGUGUAGGAAGGUGGUUGAGAGUUUGAAAGAGAUCGUUAGCUGUUCUGAGUUGGAGAUCUACGCGAUGCUUGUCGAUUGCGAUAUGGAUCCUGACGAGACCGUUAGUCGUCUUCUUUCUCAAGAUACUUUUCACGAGGUGAAGAGCAAACGAGACAAGAAGAAAGAGACCAAAGAUCCAGCAGAGUCUUGGACACGUAGCACACCCAAUCGCGGUGCUAGAAGCAGCGGUCAUGACGGUUACAACACCACUCGAGGUGGUGGUAACAGAUUUAAAUCCAAUGAGAGGGGAAGUGUUCAAAGUGUACCUGCAAACAGAAGAGAGAAUGGAACACGUAACCAUUGGGCUGGCUCUUCUUCUUCAACACCUGGUGUCCUUGGCCGCCAACCUCCACCCAACAGCGAUCCUACUAACGCUGAAGUUAAGAAAGCACAACCAACGGUUUCAAGUGAUACAGUUACUUCCUCUUCGCUGCCAACUCCUCCUGUGUAUCAAUCCGCUUGGGCCAAUGCCAACCCAGGUCAGAGAACAAUGGCUGAUAUUGUGAAAAUGGGUAGGCCUCUUCAUCAGAAGAAGAACGUUGUUGCCGUGCCUCCUCGUUCAACAGAGGCUCAAGAGAGUGGAAGCAAAGCUCCGUUGAAGGACGAAUGGCCUUCAAUUGAGAAGCGAGAUGUUUCUUAUCCAACACCUUCUCUCUUGAAACCAGCUGCUGAAGACCAAUUCAGCCAGCCUCAACAUUUGGAUGAGACUCAUUUGGAUGAUAAAGAGGUUCCUGAAACAAAAACAAAUCCAGUUGCGUCUCCUCCUGAUGCAGAACAGGCUCCACCUGCUUCAGUAUCCAGCAGACAUUUGCGGGACGAUGACGAUGCUAGAGACUCCUCGGUUAAUGAAGACGAAAACGACAAAGUGGAGCCACAUGCUUUUGAGGAAAAUAGAGGUGAAGAUGUUUCUGCAUCUGUUGCGACUGGUUUUCAGCAACUAACCAUAGAGAACGAAGAAGACCAUGAAACAUUAACGAGAGAAGACGAACCUCCGGUGAUAAUCCCCAGUCACCUACAAGUGCAUACCUCAGAAUGCUCACACUUGAUGUUUGGUAGCUUUGGCAUGGGGUUAGGAUCUGGCCAAGCUAGCAGUGGCUUUAAUGAUAACUUGGAGGAAACAAAAGAAACAGAAGAUAAUUCAUCAUUCAGACACCCUGAGUCUGACUUCUAUGGAGAGGAAGAAGAAGAGGAGCAACUCAAGAAUGCUGCUACUGAUGAACAAGCAUCCUAUCAAAUCGAUUCAACCGCCAGGAACUACCAUGCUUCCUCGGAUUCUGAAACAGAAGCAGCAGCGCAACAUGAGCCUCCUCUUCAAGAAGAUCAUCAGUACAAGUUCUCAUCUCCUGCAGAUUAUGAAUUUGAAAACAGCCAACAGUUGAAUCCUCCACCAGAAACAAAUCCACAAAUGCAGAGUCUGGAUAACUUCCCCAACGUAAUGCAUCAAGGCAUUCAAGAUGCAAGAGAACCUGAUCUCCACUACUCACCAUUCCCAACAAAAUACAACAGUGCCACUCCCUCUUCACAUAGCGGUCCAGCAAUAUCCAUGGCUGAGGCACUAAGAGCUGCGAGUAUUUCUCCACAAAACGCAAUGCCCGGUGCGGGAGAACAAGCAGCAGCUCUUGCUCAACACCUUGCCUUAAACCCAUACUCUCAUCAGCCUGGGAUGCCUUUAGGGCAUUAUGGUAAUCUGAUGAGCUAUCCAUUCAUGCCACAGAGUUACAACCCUUACAUGCCUUCAGCUUUCCAGCAAGCGUUUCCGUCUGGUAGCCAUCAGUCUAUGCUACCGCAAUACAAAACUCAAGCUACUGCUCCUCCUGUUCCUCCUCCCUCUGCCUAUGGUUUUAGUGGUGGCUCCGCGUUGGGUAACAACUUCCCUUUGAACUCCACAAGCGCUCCAAACUCCUACGAAGAGGUUCUGAGCUCGCAGUUUAGGGACAGCAAUCACUUGGCGUCAUCACUUCAACAGCAGAAUGAACACUUAGCAGCAUGGCAUCAAGGACAACAGUCCAGCUCGCGUGUGGUUCCAGGAAGCGGAUAUUACAGCCUUCCUAGUCAUCAGAAUCAACAGCCUCCUGGUUUCCGUCAAGCACAACUACUGCAGCAGGCAUCUCAACAACAACAACAACAGCAUUUUGGAGGACAUGGCUAUGGGAGUCCUUACCAUUCACAAGCACUAGAUCAGCUCCAUCACCAACACCACCAACAACAAAACGCCAGAGAUGCUUCUAAACAGACCCCCCACCAACAGUUAUGGCCCAACAACUACUGAUCAAGAAUCAAUCAGUCAAAUCUGUCUUCAUGCCUUACUUUCUCUUUCUCCUUGCAAUGGGGGAUGAUUCCGAGGUGUGGGUGUGUGUGUUUGUGUGUGUUUUGGAUUGUUGUGGUUUGUGGUAAGGUCUUAUGAAGGGUUUAGGUGAGAGAGACCUUCAGUGGCUGGCUUGUUUAGAUGCUAACCAACCUUCUUGUAUCACUAGAAACUCUGUUUUUUCCUUACCAAUUAACUCAUGACUCAUCAGUCUUGACUUCCUUUUAUUUUAUAAACUUUACUUUAAAUA